AUGCAUCCGAUGCAGCCAAUUGCUCGUUUGCUGCUGCCGCCUUGCACUGCUGCUGCUGCUGCUGCUGCUGCUUCCUGUUCUGCUGCUGCUGCUGCUGCACCCGAGGAGCAGCAGCAGCAGCAGAAGCUGGAGACAUACGGAGACACAGGGAAGGGGACUGCUGCUGCUGCUCCUGCUGCUGCUGCUGCCGCUGCAGCUGCUGCUCCUGCUGCUGCUGCUGCUGCAGGCAUUUCAUGCUUGCGGUUUAUCACAGCAGCAGCAACAGCAGCAACAGCAGCAGCAGCAGCAGCAGCAGGCAGCAGCGAUGGAGCGCGGCCUGUCUUGCUGCUGAUCGGAGACACAGCUGGUCGUUUGUUUUAUUUUGCUGCUGUAAUGUUUGCUGCUUUCGACGACAGCAGCAGCUUGCUGCCGCUGCAGCAGCAGCAACAGCAGCAGCAGCAGCUCGCAUGCUGCAGCAGCAGCAGCAAUCGCAGCAGCAGCAGCAGCAGCAGCAGCUUCAUGACCUUCAGCAGCACCAGAGACUUUGUGCUGAUCAGCAGCAACACCUAUUUUGCUGCUGUAAUGUUUGCUGCUUUCGACGACAGCAGCAGCUUGCUGCCGCUGCAGCAGCAGCAGCAGCAGCAGCAGCAGCUCGCAUGCUGCAGCAGCAGCAGCAAUCGCAGCAGCAGCAGCAGCAGUAGCUUCAUGACUUUCAGCAGCACCAGAGACUUUGUGCUGAUCAGCAGCAACACCUCAACAGCAGCAGCACCAGCAGCAGAAGCAGCAGCAGCAGCAGCAGCAGCAGCAGCAGAAGCAGCAGCAGCAGCAGCACCAAUCACUUGCGUCGCUGCAAGCGAAGAUGCAGGCGCCCUUGCUGCUCCUCCGGCAGCAGCAGCAGCAGCAGUUGCAGCAGCAGCAGCAGCAGCAGCAGCAGCAGAAUUCUGUGUCUUCUAUGGAGACGCAGCAGGAAACCUCUGGCGCACCCGUGUGCUGCUGCAUAGAACAACAACCCCACCAGGCAGCAGCAGCAGCAGCAGCAGCAGCAGCAGCAGCAGCAGCAGCAGCAGCAGAGCGCGGGAGCUGCCGCUGUGGUGGUCCCUGAGGAAGCAAGAAGGGCCCCACUGUCUCUUGGGAGCUGCCGCUGUGGUGGUCCCUGAGGAAGCAAGAAGGGCCCCACUGUCUCUUGAGCAGCAGCAGGCAGCAGCAGCAGCAACAGCAGCAGCAGCAGCAGCAGCAACAGCAGCAGCAGCAGCAGCAGCAGCGGCAGCAUUUGCAUGCAAUCGGCAGCAAACCGCACGUCGGGCCUCAUGUUGCUGCUGCUGCUCCCAUCCCCUACGCCCUCCUCCACCAGCACCAGCAGCAGCAACAGCAGCAGCAGCAGCAGCAGCAGCAGCAGCAGCAGCAGCAGCUGGGUAUAUUCGCAGCAAGACCAGGGGGGCGGCUGUGGGUGGCAGACACCGAGGGUCGGGUCCUAGCAACGCUGCGGCUGCAGCACGCUGCAGCAACCAGCAGCGCCGGGUCCUAGCAACGCUGCGGCUGCAGCACGCUGCAGCAACCAGCAGCAGCAGCAGCAGCAGCAGCAGCAGCAGCGGCGGCGAAGCAGGCACAGCAGCAGCAGCAGCAGCAGCAGCAGCAGCAGGGCAGCAGAAAUGUUCUAUAGGGGGACGUCUAGCUUUUGUAGCCCCCCAUUUGCUUCUUUGCUGGAGCCAUAGUGCUGACGCAGCAGCAGCAGCAGCAGCAGCAGCAGCAGCAGCGCCAGCAGCAGCAGCAGCAGCAGCAGCAGCAGCAGCAGCAGCAGCAGCAGCAACACUGCAGCUUGUUGAUGUAAACAGCAGCUCAUUGCUCUGGCAGUGGCAGCUGGGGGCCCCCCUUGUUGCUGCUGCAUGCGACCGAAAGCUCUCCCACUGUUUGCUGCUGCUGCAAGACAGCAGCAGCAGCAGCAGCAGCAGCAGCAACAGCAGCAGCAGCAGCAGCAGAACGUUCUGGCUUAGGAGUUUUUGGUUUGCUGCUAAUUCCCUAAAAAUUACGAAGGCCCUGAUUCCGGCUGUUGCUGCUGCAGCAGAUCAGCUGCAGCAGCUGCAGCAGCAGCAGCAGCAGCAGCAGCAGCUACGUCAGCAGCAGCAGCUGCUGCUGGAUGAUGUCGACAGAUACGGAAGUAGCAGCAGCAGCAGCAGCAGCAGCAGCAGCAACAGGGAGGCGUUGGUGAUACCUUGCUGCAGCUGCAGCAGCAGCAGCAACUGCAGCACAAGUUGCUGCUGGUUUGCUGCUGCUGCUGCUGCAUGCAUUGCAUACGCAGCUAGCGAUGCUGCUGCAGCAGAUUGGGGCCUCCCUCAGCAGCAGCAGCAGCAGCAGCAGCAGCAGGGGGUAUUUCGAGGCGCAGCAGCAGCAGCAGCAGCAGCAGCAGAGAAGCAAAGUGCUGCUCUGUUGUCUUUCUUGCUGCCAGUGACUCGUCUGGUGCAGCUGCUGCAGCAGCAUGCAGCAACCCACACAGCAGCAGCAGCAGCAGCAGCAGGAGCAGCAGGAGCAGCGGGAGAAGGAGGAGAAGCAGCAGCAGGAUGUAACUACUGCAGCAGCAGCUGGCAGCAGCUGCUGCAGCAGUAUAAACAAAAUCACGCAUCACUGCAGCAGCAACAGCAACAGCAGCAGCAACAGCAGCAGCAGCAGCAGCAGCAGCAGCAACAGCAGGAGAAGCAGCAACACCUCAUUCCCUUUCUGCUGCUGCUCAUCAACGUGUGCCUGCUCCAGCUUCUACUGCAGCAGCAACAGCAGCAACAGCAGCAGCAGCAGCAGCAGCAACAACAGUAG